AAAACCCAAAAAGUAGCCCAUUAAAACGUUGCAAGUAGGGUUUAUCUCACUCUUCUCUUCUUCACCCUCUCACUGCCCCUCCCCUUCCCCCCAAUCUCUUCAGGCGAAAGUGCAGAAACCCUAGUUUCUCUGUCCUCUCAUCACCGAAAAUAUGGGUAUUUCUCGUGAUUCUAUGCACAAGAGGCGUGCCACUGGUGGCAAGAAGAAGGCUUGGAGGAAGAAGCGAAAGUACGAGCUCGGGAGACAGCCAGCUAACACUAAGCUGUCAAGCAACAAGACUGUUAGGAGGGUUAGGGUUCGUGGUGGUAAUGUCAAGUGGCGUGCACUGAGGUUGGAUACUGGUAACUUUUCAUGGGGUAGUGAGGCUGUCACUCGCAAGACCCGUCUUCUGGAUGUUGUUUACAAUGCUUCCAACAACGAGUUGGUUAGGACACAGACUUUGGUGAAGAGUGCCAUUGUCCAGGUUGAUGCUGCACCAUUUAAGCAGUGGUAUCUCCAGCACUACGGAGUUGAAAUUGGACGUAAGAAGAAGGCUGCUGCUGCUGCCAAGAAAGAAACAGAGGAGGGUGAGACCACAGAAGAAACAAAAAAGAGCAACCACGUUGCAAGAAAGCUUGAGAAGCGUCAGCAGACUCGCACAUUAGACUCUCACAUCGAAGAACAAUUCGGUGGUGGUCGUUUGUUGGCCUGCAUUUCUUCCCGCCCUGGUCAAUGUGGUCGUGCUGAUGGAUAUAUUUUGGAAGGAAAGGAGCUGGAAUUCUACAUGAAGAAAAUCCAGAAGAAGAAGGGCAAGUCAGCUGCUUAAGUUAUCAGAGUUGAGAGUUAUCAGAGCUGGAAAGGAGCUGUAGAAUAUCAGAGUUGAGAGUUUAUUUUUACGUUUUGAUGAUUUGGCCCCCAAACGUUUUGGAAUUUGUAGCAUGAUACUUUCAUAUUUAAAUCGCCUCUAGCUAAACUCUGGCUCACAUUUUUGACUCCAAUGUUCUGUUCCAAUGUUUGAGCUAUAAUUGAUAUACUGCUAUGAACCUAUCAUCUAUGGAUUUGUUUUCGUGACAUCCUACCUCAUUGUUUAGAGAUGGCUAGUAUUUCGUAAAAAAUCAUUGUAUAUCAUGAGCAAAAGAGGGAGCUAUUACACGAUAUUGGCAAGGAUUUGUUUA